UAUUUCACACGACUCGUUGGAAGAUCACAGUCGCACAACAUCACGAAGCGCAUAACAAGUAGCCAACGAGCGAGGGAGUAUUAAUUGAUUAUUGCAAAGGAUAAAUAUUUGAAAAAUGGCGUUCAAGUUUGUCUUCCUCGUAAGCAUAGUUGCUUUGUCGGCCCUCGCUGACAUCACUUCUGCUGAGUUCGAUUAUAAUCCAGAACUUUAUAAUGGCAACAAUAGCAAUAAUAAUAAUAACAACAACAACAACAAUAAGAAUGUCAACACCUACAGCGAUAGCGUGCAACAGCCAGCCAAUAGUUAUAGCGCGCCAUUGACGGCAUUGAAUGGCUUCAACAACAACAACAACAACAAUGCGGCACCACCACAACAACAGCAGCAGUCCACAUUAAAUGGUUACAACUACAAUGCCAAUAAUUUGCCCAAGAAUAAUUAUAACAACAAUGCCGCACCGCAACAACAACAGCUAAAACUACCGCAACAACAACAAAAUAAUUAUGCUUACAACAAUGGCGGCGCAGAAAAGCCACUUACCAACGGCGUACCCACACCAGUCGGUUAUGAUUACACACCACAAAAUUUAGCCGCACUAUCCGCAUCCUCAUCAUCCUCGUCAUCCUCGUCGUCAGCGUCUAGUGUUGGCACAUUCGGCAGGCUGCAGACAUCGUUCAGCGCACAGGCACAUCAAUCCGCCGCACCAGUUGAGGAAUACAAUCCACCCGCCAAAUACGAUUACAGUUACAAUGUGCAUAAUGAAGACACUAAUGAUAUUAAGUCGCAUGCCGAGGCUCGCGAUGGCUACUUUGUACAGGGCUCAUAUACUGUUGUGGACCCCGAUGGUUUCCAGCGCACUGUUAGUUACACCGUCGAUGGUCCAAGUGGCUUCAAUGCUGUCGUUAAUCGUGUGCCAUUUGCCUUGAAACCAUUGCCGACGGUACGCACGCCCGCCAGCACUGCUGCACCCGUUGCUCAGCUUGCUGAGUUGCCGCUAACCACUGGUGUUUCGUUGGAGCAGUCUUCAGCCGCUUCGGCUUCAGCCACAGUGGCAGGAGUUGAGCAGCAGGAGAGCACCGACACAACACGCAUCGAUUUGCCAGUGCAGCCAAGUGACAGUUACUUGACGCCCCCCGUCGAUUCACGUGACGGUAAAGGGCCAUACCCAUAAGAGUUUAGUGCU